GCGAGGUCGGGGCCGAGAUUACUCCCAGGGAGGAGAGAAAGAGGCCUCUCUUCCUGAUCACAUGAAGUACCCUGUGGACUAGCACUGUUCCCGGCAUCUCUCAUGAUGGCUUUCUUUCCCUUCCCCAGUUUUGCCUUCCCGGAACUCAACCUUUUCCCCAGAAGGAAGAGGGGAAAAAAAAAUGACCAAAUUCCAGGAGGCAGUGACCUUCAAGGACGUGGCCGUGGUCUUCACAGAGGAGGAACUGGGGCUGCUGGACUCCACCCAGAGGAAGCUGUACCGAGACGUGAUGCUGGAGAACUUCCGGAACCUGCUCUCAGUGGGGCACCAGUCCUCCAAGCCAGAUAUGAUAUCCCAGUUGGAGAGGGAGGAAAAGCUUUGGAUGACGGAGCUCCAGACCCAGAGGGAUGGGCAUUCAGGAGGCAGGAAUCACAGUGAGAUGGAGGCUCUUUGUGAAACGGGAAUAAGGUGCCUUGCACUGGGAGAGCUUUCGUGCUGGCAAAUCAAGAGACGUGUUGUGAGCAAGUUAACCACAAGUCAGGGCUCCACGAUAGACAUUCAAGGAAAGAAUUCUCAGUCCCCCAAACAACAUAAUCCCCCUGCAAGAGUGCCAGUGCAGGUGCCUAUGGAAGACAGCUGUUUAAUGACUCUGAUAGAGGAUCAUUCUAAUGUUACUGAAAAUCAAGAAUUUCCAUCUGGGAGAGCUCAGAAUUCCUGGAGUAAACUCUAUCUGAACGGGACACAGAAUUAUCAGAGGAGUUGUAAGCUGACUCCAAUGAAUAACAAGUUCUGUAUGUUUGCUCCGUGUGCUGACAUUUUCAGUUGUAUCUCCCCCCACCACAAUGAUGACACAAUGCACAAAAGAGAGAAAGCUCACAGCAACAGAGAGUGUGGUAAAGAUCUCUUAAAGGCAUCACCUCUUGCCCCGCGAAGUAUCCAAAGUGGACCAAAAACCUACCAGUGUAAUGAACAUGAGAAAGGAUUCAGUGACCACACCAGCCUUGAACUUCAUCAGCAGGUACACUUGGGCACGAAGUCCCCUCCAUACAGGACACAUGAGAAGGACAGCGGUUAUAGCUCAGCUAGUCUCCUUCAACAGAAUGUCCUCCCAGGGAAGAAACGCUACUGGUGUCACGAGUGCGGGAAGGGCUUCAGUCAGAGCUCAAACCUGCAAACUCACCAGAGAGUCCACACCGGGGAGAAGCCCUAUUCAUGCCACGAGUGUGGGAAGAGCUUUAAUCAGACCUCACAUCUGUAUGCCCAUUUGCCCAUUCAUACCGGAGAGAAGCCCUACAGAUGUGAGAGCUGCGGGAAGGGCUUCAGUCGUAGCACAGACCUCAAUAUCCACUGCAGAGUCCACACGGGGGAGAAACCGUAUAAGUGUGAGGUGUGCGGGAAGGGCUUCACUCAGAGAUCCCACCUUCAGGCCCACGAAAGAAUCCACACUGGAGAGAAACCAUAUAAGUGUGCAGAUUGUGGGAAACGCUUCAGCUGUAGCUCAAAUCUUCACACCCAUCAGAGAGUCCACACUGAGGAGAAGCCUUACAGAUGUGGGGAGUGUGGCAAGUGCUUCAGCCUGAGCUUUAACCUUCACAGUCACCAGCGUGUGCACACAGGAGAGAAGCCCUACAAAUGUGAGGAGUGUGGGAAGGGUUUUAGUUCUGCCUCAAGCUUCCAGAGCCACCAGAGGGUUCACACAGGAGAGAAGCCAUUUCGAUGCAACGUGUGUGGGAAGGGCUUCAGUCAGAGUUCCUAUUUCCAAGCCCAUCAGCGAGUCCACACUGGAGAAAAACCCUACAAGUGUGAGGUGUGUGGGAAGCGCUUCAACUGGAGCCUGAAUCUUCACAACCACCAGAGGGUCCACACGGGAGAGAAACCCUAUAAAUGUGAGGAGUGUGGGAAGGGCUUCAGUCAGGCCUCGAAUCUUCAAGCUCAUCAGAGUGUCCACACCGGGGAAAAGCCAUUCAAAUGUGAUGCAUGUCAGAAGCGAUUCAGUCAGGCCUCCCAUCUUCAAGCCCAUCAGAGAGUCCACACCGGAGAGAAACCGUAUAAAUGUGAUACGUGUGGUAAGGCCUUCAGCCAGAGGUCGAAUCUUCAAGUCCAUCAGAUAAUUCACACUGGAGAGAAACCGUUCAAAUGCGAGGAGUGUGGGAAAGAGUUCAGCUGGAGUGCCGGGCUCAGUGCUCAUCAGAGGGUCCACACAGGAGAGAAACCCUACACGUGUCAGCAGUGCGGUAAGGGCUUCAGCCAGGCCUCACAUUUCCACACCCAUCAGAGGGUCCACACUGGGGAGAGGCCUUACAUAUGUGAUAUAUGUUGUAAGGGCUUCAGCCAGAGGUCACAUCUCGUUUACCAUCAGAGGGUCCACACUGGAGGGAACCUGUAGAGGUGGGAGGUGUGGAGUGGCCUCCUGUGAGAGUCCACGUCUCCAUCUUCAUUGGAAAAUCCAUGCUGGUAGUGGUGGGAUGUUCCUGCAGAAUUUGGAAACUUCAAGUAAUCUUCAUGGGAAAGAAGUUCUAUAAAAUGCUGUGUUUUUAAAGACUCAGUUGGGAGGUGAACUCUACAAACAUCAGGUUUCACAGAGGAGAGAAAAUGUAUUCUAUAAAUAUGGUCAGUGGUUAUUCCAGAGCUCUCAAUGCCCCGAUUCUCAGGAUGCAGCACGAGAAGAAUCACUGGCAUCUACCUGGGAGAGAAGGCUUAUACAUGAAGGUUAUGGGCAGGACUUUAACAAAAGUAUAAUGAUGGACAAGCAAUUGAUGUCAACUGCGUGUACCGUCCACAUAGGGAGGGCUGCUGCUCACCGCUGUCUCUACCGUGUAGAACCGUGCUUGGUUCCUGAUAGGUGCCUGGCAAUUACUGAACCAAGGGGAGAAAAUCCCUCUAACUAGGACCAAUGUUUGAAAAUUCUAGUCAGUUUCCUGUCCUAAAUUCAUAACAUACUCAAGAGGAAUCCUGCAAAGUCGCCUUAAUAAGAUUGUACUUCAGUUAAUAUUUCCUGAAAUCAUAGAAUCAUGUAACACCGCCAUCCACAAUAGUACAGAUCUGGACAAGGCUUGUGAGUGGCUGCCAGCCUCCAUCCAACUUCAGUUACAUGUACAGAAUCACCCACUGUGUGCAGUGUAAUAUUUAGUAUCAUUAGUUUGUAUUUUAUAGACUGAAAGACUUUAUUAAUCUGAUAACAUACUGCAAUUUAUAUGAUUGGAAGUGUUGAACCCUAAUUCAUUAAGGUAGGGUUUUGCUGUAACUCUGAAAGUGUUAAAAGUAGUUUCUAG